AUGGGUUCUACAUUUAACAUCAUUUCCGAUAUCACAUUUGCAAGAUCUAGAGAAACACUCAAAUGCAAACAAAAAGAACUUAAAUCAAUGGGUAAAGGCAACAAACCCAAGGCUGCUGAAGAGCUGUCAGAUAUGGAUAUUGAUGCCAUGUACGAUGCCAAGACCCUCGGAAGUGAUAACCAACACAGCCUCCUUCACACCAUGUGGAUGAUUUGUUGUCUGAACUUCGGCAUGAGAACUGGAAAGGAAACCAGAAAUUUACAAUGGGGAAACAUUGACAUUAGAAAUGAUGAUGAUGGAUCCGAGUAUUUUAUCUUUAUAAGUGAGCGACAAACAAAAACAAGACCUGGGGAUAAUCCUAAAAACAUACGGCAAAUAAAACCAAGAGCCUAUGCAACACCAGAAGACCUGGAAAAAUGCCCUGUCAAUGCAUAUAAAUUGUACAGACAAAGACGACCACCAGCCUCUUGUACACCAGACAGUCCAUAUUUUCUAGCAGUCAACAACAACAGGAAGGAACAGUCGUACUGGUACAAAAAUGCCCCACUGGGUGUCAACAAGCUAUAUGGAAUUAUGAAGGCUAUGACAGAAGGUGCUGACAUAGCUGAUGACAAAAGAUUGACACCAUACAGUAUGAGGAAACACCUGGUCCAGAAGUUGACAGACAGUGGCGUUUCUCCCAAUGACAUCAUUCAGAUAUCUGGCCACAAAAACGUGAAUUCGAUAAAUAAUUACUCAAGUAUGAAUACUGAAAAGCAGAAGGGAAUAUCUCGCAUUCUGUCAAACAGUAACACCGCCAGCAGCACAGUCACAACAGCUGAUCGAAAUCCGGACUCGGCACCAAUGCAGGGUGGAUUUGCGAUGCAAUCUGUGUCCAACCGCCUUCAGAAUCAACAUUUUCUGACAAGCUUGUUGUCUGGAAAUACCAUCAACGGAAAUGUUAACAUAUGUCUAUCACCUGACAUGUUCAAUGUAUCAAUGUCCUCCGAAAAAAACACUGCAAAUGCGACAACAUCAAACACAUGUAAAGACGAGUUACCACCAUUGAAAAGACCAUGCUUGCAAUAGAAUGACAAGAUCAUCUUGAAAUAUGGCAUAAAUAAUGUUCGUCAUAAAAUAUUGACAACAGAAUAUGUUUGGACUUACCUU